GCCCAGUGUGUACGCUACAUUAAACUGAAACAUUACCUGUUUAAACACAAAAAAUAAAAAUUAAUCGAAUUAAGAAGAUUUUAAGUUUAUUCGGCAGAUGUGAUAGAGGCACAUCACAGGCGGAUCGGCGUGGAGGCAUCCAGGACCAGGAUGCUGUUUGACUUAAUGAUAUAUUUUUGGCUUUCAGCCUCUAAUUGCAAUAAGAACGAGAUGUUUUUUUCUACGCCCACAGUUUCAACGGUUUCUUUAUUCCAUCGUCUAGCACUGGGAAAAGAUGGAAUAAACCAUGGAAACUUGAUAUCCAUAAAAAUAUAAGACUCCAAACUACCCCAAGAAUUCCAGUCGUUUUCUUGGAGAUAAAUUUUCAUCGAGAAAUUCAUUCCUUUCGAGCAGUUACGUAUACGCAAAGCUAUGGUGUUAGGAGGUGAACUGAGGCGGACCACGACAAUCAAUAAAUUGCGAACUAAAAGUCGUUGGCUUCAAUCCAGUGCAGUGUGACAUAAUAACCAGAGAGAACUCCAGCUUUCCGUGAUGUCACUGGUUCCGAUUUUGUACCACGACUGGUUGGAUGACGUCUGGGAUGCUCCGUUACGUAGUUCCAGGAUCUUGGAUCAGCACUUCGCCACAGGACUCCUGGCAGACGAUUUGUUCAGUGCAGUAACAACCUACCCAAGACAAAACUAUCGUCGGCAUGGUUACUAUCGACCUUGGCGGACGGUUCGAUCCCAGCGAGAUGCGGGCUCGUUUGUGAGUAUGGACAAAGAGCGCUUCCAAAUUAAUCUGGAUGUGCAGCAAUUCACCCCGGAUGAGAUCAGCGUUAAAACCGUGGACGAUAUGGUGGUGGUUGAGGGGAAACAUGACGAAAAACAAGACGAACAUGGAUAUGUAUCCAGGCAGUUUUUGCGCCGAUAUAAAUUGCCAAGUGGUCACGAAGCAGCAGACGUUACUUCGUCGCUAUCGACGGAUGGAGUUUUAACGGUAACUGCUCCUAAAAAGGUGUUGCUGCCGCCGGUGAAUGAGCGUAUCGUAUCAGUUACGCAAACGGAUGAAAUAUUCAAGGAUAAAAAUUCUAAUAAUAAACAUCAAGAGAAGAAUUAGAUUUUCAGAAUUUAAGGAAAUGUUGUCAAUCGAAACCUACUAAUGUUUUUUUGAAAUUAAAAGAUUUAUUUAUCUAGCGUUAUAAAA